CUCUCUCUCUCUCUCUCUCUCUCUCUCUCUGUGACAACUUUCUCAGGAUUUCGCAAGGCUUACGACUUAGUGGGCAAGAUGGGAAUCCAGGGAACUUCAGAGAAUUUCGUUGUCGACAUGGAAAGCUUGUCGAACAUGGCCAUGAAAGAGAGUGAUAAGAACUCCUGGAUCAUGAGAGGAGUCACAAGGAAGAGUUUUAAGCGUGGAGUUGAGAAGAAGACUACUGCUACUGCUAAUCCCAAUGCUCAUGAUCACAAGGCCGAUGCAGAAAAGGAAGAAGAGGCUAUCAUUAGCACACCGGAAAGGCCAAACAUGGAGGCCGGAGGGAUGACGACGGAGCAUUCCAACGACGCACGAGCAAAUCAUCAGAUUACUAUCACCACCACCGUCUCCGGCAUCGUUGGCGACGGCAAAUGCACCGUAGCCGGAGGCAAACGCAUCGUCCGGAGGAGUGGCUCGAGACGUACUUCUCUUUCAUGGGUUCCUGAUCCCAAGAGGAUUCUCGAUCCCAAGAGGAUUCUCUUCUUCUUUGCUACCUUAUCAAGCAUUGGAACAAUCCUACUCAUAUAUUUCACUUUUUCCAUCACCGAACCACAACCGGAUGGCAAGUCCCCUUGAUCUUGAAUCAUCAAAGUUGCAAUUAUGUUCGGACAUCGAAACACGCCCAAUUAGUCCUCCACAAUACCAAAAAAAGAAAUCAUUUCUUGGAUCUAGAAUCAGCUUUGUUGCAUUGUCGUGCGUACAUACGAUUUAGUAGGCACUAUUUCCGGGCAAUCUUCUCUGAGCAUGGAAUUUGCAAGGCAUGUUCAUUAAUGGUGAUGUCGAUUCAAGAUAAGGAAGAUAGUGAGGAAGGAGACGCGGUCACAUAAGGAACAGCUAAAAGUUCACAUGCUUUUUGCUAUUUAACAAUCUUUCUCACCCUCACUUCUCCUUUUAUUAUUAUUUUUUAUCUUUCUUUCCCCUUUUAGUGGAAUGUUUCUAAUUAGAAAAAGGUCAUGUGCCAGUGAGACAAAUUGUGGGAAUCUUGUCUUUAUGAUGGCAUUAUAAUACUAUAUAUUAUACAU